AUGGCCACUGGCCCUACGGAACUGCAGCUGGGCAGCCUCACCCUCUUCACCUGCGAGGACUUUGAGGACGAAUGGCACAGAGUAGCCAGUGGUGGCUUCGGCCAGGUGUUCCAGGUGCGGCACAAGCGCUGGAGGACACAGUAUGCCAUCAAAUGCUCCCCUUGUCUCCAGCAUGACGCCACCAGCGUCAAUGUAAAUUGCCUCAUUGAAGAAGCAGAGAAAAUGGAGAAGGUCAAGUUUCAGCACAUCGUGGCCCUCUAUGGGGUGUGCAGGCAGCCCCUGGGCAUUGUGAUGGAGUUCAUGGCCAAUGGCUCCCUGGAGAAGGUGCUGCCCACUCACAGCCUCUGCUGGGAGCUCAAAUUCCGCAUCAUCCAUGAGAUCAGCUUGGCUGUGAACUUCCUCCACAGCCUUAAGCCUCCUCUACUCCAUCUGGACCUCAAGCCAGGCAACAUCUUGCUGGAUAAAAACAUGCAUGUCAAGAUUUCAGACUUUGGCCUGUCCAAGUGGAUGGAACAGUCGACCCGGAUGCAGUACAUCAAGAGGUCAGCUCUGCGGGGCACUCUCAGUUACAUCCCCCCUGAGAUGUUUUUGGACAGUAACAAGGCCCCAGGGCCCAAAUACGACGUGUACAGCUUUGGAAUUGUCAUCUGGGAACUCCUCACUCAGAAGAAACCAUAUGCAGGACUCGACAUGAUGGCAAUCAUCAUCCGUGUGGCUGCAGGAUUGCGGCCCACCCUGCAGCCUGUCUCUGAGGAGUGGCCAGGCGAAACUCAGCAGAUGGUGGACUUGAUGAGGCGCUGCUGGGACCAGGACCCCAAGAAGAGGCCAUGCUUUCUAGACAUCACCAUCGAGACAGACAUGCUGCUCUCCCUGCUCCAGACCUCUGUGGCAGACCCUAAGAGUGAGACCCUGGCAAGGAAGGUGUCCUGCAAACCAUCACUGCGCCGACCCCAAGAGGUUAGUGAGGAAGUCAGCCAGGAGCUAACGGACAGUGACUCAGGAGACUACUUGAAGCGGGUCCUUCAGCUCUCUGACAGUGAGAGCUUGGUUCCAAGCGAUGAAGAUCUACAUGUCUACAAGAACAAGAUGACUCCCCUCCAUUUCCUGGUGGCCCAGGGUAGCGUGGAGCAAGUGAGGCUAUUGCUGGCCCAUGAGGUUGAUGUGGACUGCCAGACAGCCUCUGGCUAUACACCUCUCCUCAUCGCUGCCCAGGACAAGCAGCCUGAGCUCUGUGCCCUGCUCCUGGCACAUGGAGCUGAUGCCAACUUGGCAGAUGAGGAUGGCUGGGCCCCACUGCACUUUGCAGCCCAGAAUGGGGAUGACCGCACUGCCCGCCUACUCCUGGACCACGGGGCCCUGGUGAAUGCCCAGGAAGAUGAGGGCUGGACCCCACUCCACCUGGCUGCACAGAACAACUUUGAGAAUGUGGCACGGCUUCUGGUCUCCCGACAAGCUGACCCCAACCUGCACGAGGCUGAGGGCAAGACCCCUCUCCAUGUGGCUGCCUAUUUUGGCUAUGUUGGCUUGGUCAAGUUGCUGACAGGUCAGGGGGCUGAGCUGGAUGCUCAGCAGAGAAAUCUGAGGACACCACUGCACCUGGCAGUGGAGCGGGGCAAAGUGAGGGCCAUCCAACACCUGCUGAAGAGUGGGGCAACCCCCAAUGCCCUUGACCUGAGUGGCUAUGGCCCACUGCACAUUGCUGCUGCCAGAGGAAAGUAUCUUAUCUGCAAGAUGCUGCUCAAGUAUGGGGCCAGCCUCGAGCUGCCCACCCAGCAGGGCUGGACACCUCUGCAUCUAGCAACCUACAAGGGCCACUUGGAGAUCAUCCACCUGCUAGCUGACAGCCAUGCAGAGUUGGGUGCUCUUGGAGGUAUGAAUUGGACCCCUCUGCACCUGGCUGCCCGCUAUGGGGAGGAGGUGGUAGUGUCAGCACUGCUGAGGUGUGGGGCUGACCCUAAUGCUGCUGAACAGUCAGGCUGGACACCCCUCCACCUGGCGGUGCAGAGGGGUUCCUUCCUGAGUGUCAUCCACCUCCUGGAGUACCAUGCAGACGUCCAUACCUGCAACAAGGUGGGAUGGACACCUGCCCACCUGGCUGCUCUCAAGGGCAACACAGCCAUCCUCAAAGUGCUGGUUAAGGCUGGCGCCAAGUUGGAUGUCCAGAAUGAAGUGGGCUACACACCCCUGCAGCUGGCCCUCCGGAGCCAAAAACAGGGCAUUAUGGACUUCCUGGAGGGCAAGGAGCCUUUGCUGGCCAUUCUGGGUGGUACUGAGCCAGGAGCUCAGAGGGAAGUUUAG